AUGGUCAUUUUGAUGGGUCAACAGGAAUAUCAUUCUUGUAGUGCUGUUGUGAAUCCAACAUGUUUUGGUUUUACCAAUAGUUCAGGUUUUGAAUGUGUUCAUCAAUUGGGAUCAUGUAUUAGUGAUAAUACUUGUUUCUUUUCUCCAACAACUUCAAUCAUUGGAAUGGGUAGUAAUACCUAUUCACAACUUGGUAUUACUGCUUCAAAUUUUACUGAUUAUCCAAUUAGAGUCAACUCUACGUACAAUAGAAUUUUCUAUAUCAGUAAAAUGACAAUGACUAAUAGUUUAGUAACAGACUACAAUGGAGAUGUGUUAAUGUCUUCAACUCAAGAUCAAAAAUUCAUUCAAGCCUCCACUGCACUUCCUGCUUUGACAACUAUGAAUAUUGGUGGUGAUUUUCCAAUUGCAAUUUUAGGAGAUGAUACCACUACUGCUUUAAUCACAACCACUAACAAGAUUUAUGUUUAUGGCGAUCAGACAAAUAAUAAUUUGGGUAGAGAAACUCUUGCUGAUGAGGUUGUUUCCUCUCCUACUGCUUUGGGUUAUCAGAAUGUUGUUGAUGCUUCUAUUUCAAAAUUGGGUGGAUGUGCAAUUCAUAGCAAUAAUGGUGUUGACUUUAAUAUUACUAUUUGGGGACCAGCUGCUAAAACCAUGUCCAAUGGAGUUGGUUAUUUAGCAUUGACUAAUCAAGCCAUUAAUAAUGAUAAUUCUCGACCAUUUGUAAAAUGUGAAAUUAUUUCUGCUAAGAAUUCAAGUGGUUAUGAUGUUCCAGCAGUUUUUGUUAUGGAUGAUUUGGGUAAUUUGUACUCUGGUGGAGCCAGAAGUAAUUUGGAAGGUUGUAAUCCAACCAUCAAAAAUGCAUGUGACUUUGGUGAAUGUUUUGCUGCUCAAAAGAUUUUAUCAAGUGUAGAUUCAUUCAAGUGUUCAGCCACUCAUUGUGUUGCUGCAAUUAAUGGUACAGAUAUUUAUGUUUGGGGAAAUAACACAAAUGGUCAACUCGGUAAUUCUGCCUAUCUCCAAACACCAACAAGGAUUCAAGUGUUUACUCCAGAAACUAUAAUUCAAGUAACUGCUACUAAGAAAAAUAUUUAUGCAUUAACUGAAUCUGGUUUUAUUUAUGGUAUUGGUAGUAAUGAAAAAGGUCAAUUGGGUCGUUCUCCAUCUACUUUCCUCUCUAGAACCUAUUUCACUAAAAUUGUAAUUCCAGAUCAAAGAAGAAAGAUUUGGCAUAUGGCUGAUGGUCCAAACAGUGAACAUUUGUUGGCCUUUACUGGCUUCAAAUGUGCAUCUCAAUACUCAGGUGGUGAUUGUUCCACUCCUCUUUUCAACUGUGCAGGUUAUGCUCCAAGCGAUUCUGCUGUUUGUGGAGGUAAUGGUAUUUGUGCUGAUACUGAUUAUUGUAUCUGUUCUUCUGGAUUUAUUGGUCAAUUCUGUAACACUACAGUUUCAUCAGCUUGUUAUGGAAAGCCAACAAAUUUGGCUUGUAGUAACAGAGGUUCUUGUAUUGGUGUUGAUAAUUGUCAGUGUGCCUCACCAUUCACUGGCAACCAAUGUGAAUUGUUCCAAAAUGAUUUUAAUUUUGUUGCAAAUUUCUCACAAUUACCAAACUCAAAGAUUUAUGAUAACUUUAAUAUUUCUAAUCUUGUUAUCACCCCUACACUUGGUAUUUCCAACCCAGCUUAUAAUACUAUUUGGGCCUAUACUCAAUAUACCUCAAAGCUUUAUUUGACAGGUCCAUCUUCAUACAGUUGGCAAGGUAGUCAAUUAUCAUUCGAUAAGAAUUUUGUUACCAAUUUGAAACCAGGUUAUUAUGUUCUCAAAUCAGAAAGUAUUGCCAAUGUUACCAAUCAAAUAAUUGUUGUUAACAAUACUUUUACAUUUGAAAAGGUUUCUACAUCUUUAACAAAUCCACUUACAUUAGAUCAAACAGGUGUAAUCUAUGUAUCACAGUUUGCAUCUGUUGUUGUUUCAGCACUUAUUACUGACCCAACCUUUGAUGCCUCAACAUUUGAUUAUGACUGGCUUUCCAGUAAUGAUCAAGCUAAUUAUGUUUCUGUCAAAGCAUCCACAUCUAUUGUCAAUAAUAAUAAGAUUACUUUUACCAAUCUUGCAUCUCAACUCCUUCCAUCAAACUUUGCUGGUACCAAUCACACUGUUUUUUUCAAAGUAACAUACAAUAGAUAUAGUGGCGACUCCAAUUCAUUUAGUGCUUAUUUCACAGUUGUCAUCAGUACAAAGGCCUAUGCCCCAACUAUUGCUCUAACUAGAUUCCCAUUUAGCAGUUAUUUGUCAACAACAAGAGCAACAAGUCUUUCAGCUGUUUUGACCUUCACUGAAACUAUUCCUUCAGAUUUGGUUAUUAGUUACUUGUGGACCUGUGAUAAAUUUACUAUUACAGAUGCCACACAAGCUGCUUUAAUUAUCUAUCCAGCUCAAUUGACCAUUGAUACUUCAUACCAAUUCUCCCUGACUGUCACUGUAUCAUACAAGGGAGAUGUUAACACAUAUGUUUCUACUUUAAAUAUCAAAACUCCACCUGCUUUACCAACAUAUUCUGUUAAUACUCAAAUACUCAGCAUUUCUCCAAGCGAUGGUAGUGGUGUUGCUCUCCUCACCUCUCACAAUAUCACAGUUGCUCCUCUUCCAGUUUCUGAUACUAGAAUUCUCAAGUAUACUGUCAGAUAUUCUUUCAAUGCAAGUGAUGCUGCAUCCUUUAAAGAUUUAUUAUCUCUCAGUUCAACAAUUUUGAAUGAUAGUGCUUAUCUUCCAUAUGGUACUAUGACACUUCAAAUCUACAUUGAAGACGAAUAUGGAAACAAAUUGACAGCUGGCAACUUGGCUGUUUCAACUCAAAAUAUUGACUUUAGUUCACUUGCUAAUAUUAUUAACACAAGAGAUUUGUCUUUGAAUCAAAUUGAAACUACAGCAACAACACUCAAUUCUGCUGCUGACCAAGAUACUAAAUCCCUAAGAGAAAAACUUUCAGAAAUUCUUAUAGCCAAACUUAAUGGUCAAUCUUCUUCGACAAGUCAAGCUAUUUUGAGUAUUUCUCAAAAACCUUCAGAUAUCACUGCUAAAACUUCUCAACUCCUUGUUUCUGGUGUUACAACUUUGGGAGGUAAUCUCAGAUCAAUUUAUGCAGCAGGUGGUGAAGCAGAUAAAAUAGCUAGUGCCUUGACUGGUUCAUUGUCAAACAUUGUUGACAACAAGAAUAUUACUACAAAUGAAACCAAUAAGGAUAUUACCAAUUCUUUGGCUUCUAUCUCAAGAGAACUUGCCAAGAUUUUACUUCCAUCCCAAACCUUGUCAAUCAGCUCUAAUAAUUUCAAUAUCCUUGUUUUUGGAUCUUCCUCUACAAAAUCCAGUAAUUAUACUAUUGAAGGAUCAUCAAUUGGUACUCCUGACAACUUUGAUGAAUAUCUUUCUGGUGCCACUUCAUCACUUAACUCUGCCUCUAAGGCCUAUGGUGUUGAACUUGUCUACUACAAAUCUUCAUUGUUUGAAUCAGUUGGAAAAGCCUCUAACAGUACAAGAUCUAGUAAUAUUUUAUCAUUUGUUGUUAGUGCCUCCACAUCAUUUGGUAGUGAAAGUAGAUCGACAGUUUCUAUCAAGGGAUUGACGAAACCUUUGGUGUUUACAUUUACUGUAGCUAAUGGUUCUACAAAUGGAUUCGAAUGUAAAUUUAUUGACGAAAUUAAUAAUUAUUGGAGUACAGAUGGUUGUUCCUCUUUGAUCCUCAAUGACAACACUGUACAAUGUUCAUGCAAUCACGCAACUAAAUUCUCUACAUUCAGAUUAUUUACUCAAGUUGUAUCCCAAGAAGAAUAUCUUGGAAGUACUGGUAUUAGAAUUGUCAAUGUUAUUUUUGGUGCUAUUUAUUUCUGUCUAGCUGCUUUGGUGUUCAUUGCUUUGAUUAUUCUCAGAAACAUCAAUCCUGUAAGAUCAAGAUACAUUGGUCCUUACAUUGGUUUGAUUGCAAUUAUGGUUGACUCAUUGAUCAUUUCAUUCAUCCAAAAUAUUGUAGUUUUAUCUUUGGAUAAGGGUAUAUCCAAUUCAACUGCCGAUAUUGCCAAUAUUAGAAGAAUCAGCGACGGUUUUAACUAUUUCAAUGUAAUCCUUGUCAUUCCUCUUUACUUGACCGCUUUCUUCACUUUCUUGGUCCAAAUUGUUAGAUACUUUAUCAAGAGACACAUGUAUGAAUUCAUGUCAAAUAAGGUUCUUUUCAAUGCUCAAAUUUAUAGAGCUAUUACUUCCAAGAUUGCCUUUUGGGUUACCUUGCUUUCUUCUUUGGCAAUAAUUAUGGCUUAUUACACCAUUUGGGUUGGUUUGGGAGGAGGAAAUGUUUUCGUUGUUAGUACAAACACUGCUCAACAAGAUAAGGAAAGAAUGACAUUUACAUAUAUUACUUCCCUUUCCUACUUUGGUCUUGCAUGGAUAAUUGCUAUCUGUAUGGUUGUUAUUGCAGCUUGGGAUCUUUUCUACAUGAAUCGCCAUUUAUUCACUUCAUGUUGUUAUUCUCAAGAAGAUUUGUUGAAGAAAUCCUCUAGCAAUCUUAAUCAAACUAGAAAUAGAGUUGAAAAACUUCUCAAUAUGUUAUCUAGAACAAAGAAACAAAAAGUUCAACUUGGAAAGUCUGCAUGGUUGACUGUCCCUCAAGUUUACUACUUUACCGAUGACAAUUUAUAUUUCAGAUUGGAAAUUCACGUCUUUAUUACAGCCUUUGUUUUCCUCACCAUCAACUAUCUUGCUGGUAUUGCUGAUAUUUCAGUAAUUUCAGUUGGAUUAACCAAUGCUGGAUCCCGUUUGGCUCCUCAAAUUGUUUCCCUAAUUGCUGGUAUUCUCUACACAUUCUGUUUGAUUGCUGCUUUUGGUGGUGUGAUUGUUGUCUCUUACCUUACUGAAAGACGUAGAAAGCAGUACCAUAAGGAUGUAGCUCCUCAAUCAAAGAUGGAUGAAGAUGAAUUGAACAUUGUAUUGAGUGAUAGAUUUGGUAAACCAUUGUUUGUUGAAUUCUGUCAAAAAGAAUUCUCACUUGAAAAUGUUUAUUUCUAUGAUGCAAUUACUGAUUUCCUUAGAAGUGCUGAUUCUAAAUCAGAUGCAGAUGUUAAGAAUUCCAUUUCUGACAUGUUUGAAAAGUAUAUCAAGACUGGUUCUGAAUAUGAAGUCAACUUGCCUAGCGCCUCAAAGAAGGCCUUUAUCACAACACACGAGUGUUCACAACCAUCCUCCAAGAUGGUUAAGGAUAUGUUGGACAAUGUAAUGAUUUCAGUCAUGUACAAUUUGAAGGAUACUUACAGUAGAUUCUCAAUGACUGAAGAAUACAAGCUCUACCAACAAAGUAGAGACAACAUCAGUAUGUUGGAAAACAACUUCUUGUAA